AUGGCUUCCUCUGAGUUAGGCUCAAGUGGGUUGAAAAGGAGGAUACUUAGGGCAUGUUUGGCAUCACUUGGGGCAGUUCUUAUAUUGUGUCUCAUACUCAUAUCAUUUACCUGGAAGAAGAAGAAGGAUAGAGAAAAACUGCGACAAGUGCAGGAACUACAACAGCAACAACUAACUAGAGAAGGAUCAAUAGGAAGCAGUUCAAGACAAUUUUACACAGUAGAGAAUGACAAUGGAGAUCUUGAUCUACCAUUGUUUGAUGUAACCACAAUAUUAAAGGCUACAAAUUACUUUUCACCUAGCAACAAAAUUGGAGAAGGUGGAUUUGGACCAGUCUACAAGGGUGUACUCAAAGAGGGGAAAGAAAUUGCUGUGAAGAGGCUAUCAAACUUGGAUACUUACAUAUUUGAUAAGGAUCAAGACUUCGGCAUGGCGAGAAGUUUUGGAGGAAAUGAAACCGAAGCAAACACAUUAAGAGUCGUCGGUACAUAUGGCUACAUGUCACCAGAAUAUGCAGUCGAUGGUCAUUUUUCAGUAAAAUCCGACAUAUUCAGCUUUGGCGUCCUCAUUCUGGAAAUCAUAAGCGGACAAAAGAAUAGAGGAUUUUAUCAUCACGAUCACCAUCACAAUUUGCUUGGACAUGCAUGGAUUCUACACAAUGAAGGACGAUCUCUAGAAUUAAUAGACUCACAUUUAGCUCAAUCGUGGUACUUGUCUGAAGUACUUCGAUCAAUGCAUGUCGCACUAUUAUGUGUACAGAGAAAUCCCGAAGACCGGCCAAGUAUGUCAAAUGUUGUACUAAUGUUGGCAAGUGAAGGGGCAUUGCCUAAGCCUAAAGAGCCCGGCUUUUUCACAGAAAGAAAUCUAUUUCAUGAAGCUGAAACUUCAUCAAGUAAGCCUACAGCAGGAAGUUCCGGCAAUGAAUUAAGUUUCACAGUAAUGGAAGGUCGAUAA